GCCGCCGCACCGUGUCCUCGCCGUCGAGCUCAUUCCAUCAGUGUCACGCCGCCGGGCCUCCUCGUCGAUCUGCCUGUCGCCGUUUGGGGGCGAGCCACGGAUGACUCUGAGGGAGAAGACACGAGUUUGGUAGAGCCGCACCCAGUCCCAGCCAUGCCACCGCCUCUGUGCCACCGCAGAAGAGAUCGGAGACGAGGGAGAGGACCGCAAGGGAGGGGAAGAGUCACGCCGCCCAGCGCCGGCCUGCACGCCGCCAACGUCGCUGGUGUUGUCGCGAUGAGAAAGAGAGCCCGCCAGACCGUCGCAGAGCUGUCCCUACCGCCGUGCCCAGCUGCUGUUGGGAGCCCUGCCGUUGCUCAUGGGGUUACGCCAGUUAGCUUCUGCUGCCGGAAAAUGCCCCUGCUACGUCGCCGGAGAAUUCUGCCGCUGCUAUUAUCAGAAAUUCGAGCCGUCGCCAUCCCUCGAGAGUUAUUGGCGGAGCUGCUGCCGGGCUGCCGCCAAACCGGUUUGUGA